AUGUCUUCUGAACAUUUCGACUUCACUGACCAUUCCCACAGACGUUACAAUCCAUUAACUGACUCAUGGAUCUUAGUCUCCCCUCAUAGAGCAAAGAGACCUUGGUUAGGUCAACAAGAAACUGUCUCAAAACCAAAUGCUCCAGAGUAUGAUGAGAAGUGCUACUUAUGUCCAGGCAACACUAGAGCUACUGGUGGUUCCAAUCCAAAAUAUGAAGCUACUUAUAUUUUCCAAAAUGACUAUGCUGCUGUAAAAUUAGAUCAACCUGAAUUGAAGGAAGAGGGGGAUGCAGACUCUUUGAGAAACAGGCUAUUUAAGGUUAAAUCUGUCAGAGGUAAUUGUUAUGUUAUUUGUUUCUCUCCAAAACAUAAUCUAACGAUCCCCCAAAUGGAAACUGACGAAUUAAUUCAAGUAAUCAGUGCUUGGCAAAAACUAUACAAUGAUGUUUCCAUUGAAGCCAAGACUGAAGGUAAACCGUUUAAAUAUUUACAAAUUUUCGAAAAUAAAGGUACUGCUAUGGGUUGUUCUAACUUACAUCCACAUGGUCAAGCUUGGUGUCUGGAAUCAGUUCCAAGUUUAGUGGAUCAAGAGUUCAAAUCCUUUAAUAAAUAUGAACAUGAACAUUCCACACAUUUGUUGGCAGAUUAUGUUAAGUUAGAAUUAGAAGAAAAAUCAAGAAUUGUAUUAGAAAAUGAUACCUUUUUAGUGGUCGUUCCAUACUGGGCUACAUGGCCAUUUGAAACAAUGAUUGUUUCCAAGACUCAUUUAUCAUCAGUUGCUGAAUUCACUGAUAAGCAAAAAGCUGAUUUAGCUUCUAUAAUGAAAAAAUUAACUACUAAAUAUGAUAACCUGUUCGAAUGUAGUUUCCCAUACUCAAUGGGUUUACAUCAAGCCCCAUUAAAUGCUACUGAGGAAGAAAAGAAGACUAGUUGGUUUCAUAUGCAUUUCUACCCACCUCUAUUGAGAUCUGCUACCGUCAGAAAAUUCUUGGUUGGUUUUGAAAUGCUUGGUGAACCACAAAGAGAUUUAACUGCUGAACAAGCAGCUGAUAGAUUGAGAGCCCUAGAUUCUGAAACCCAUUAUCUACAAAAGUUGUAA